CAGGUGAUCAUUGCCAGCCCCACAUAUAUUUUUCCUCUACCCAUUCAAUUUGUAGGACCCUGCCCUCCACCACUGCAAAACAUCUAACCGCUCUCCUGGGUUCAAGAUAAAUCGCCAAUCCUCAUCUAUUUUAGUACUGGUGGUGGCAAUUGGAUUCCCAUGAAUUCAAUGUGAGGAAUGGUUGGUUUAAUCGAAUAAUUAUCUGGACAAUAUUGUCAUCGCAAACAUUUGUCAUUGCUUAAUUCAAUUUUCCCACACUUAAAAGACGCCACUCCAGCAUCCGAGUCAUCCAAAAUUUCGUCUCUUGCCCCAGCCAAGCACGCAAUCGAGGCCAAUCUUGACCUCAGCUGCCCUGUGGCGUGCUCGUGCCACGACGACCAAGCCAAGGGUGCCCGCCGUGCCUUAUUUCGUGACUGCAGCAAUCCAUCGGUCCGGGGAUCCCCCCCAAUGGCAGCCUUUCCACGACUCUGGCACCAUUCAACCUUUGACAGUCGCAACGAGAUCUGUGCCCCGUCGCGACAUUGCUGUGGUUUCUGCUACGUCUGACGCACCCGCACCCCAAACCUUACAACGCCCGCAAGGCCCGUUCCUUCCACACCACCACCCCCCCUGUCCUGUCGCGCCUUGGCCGUGCAACGUCUUUACCGCUUCCUUUUUCUCUACCCUCCCCCCCUAUAUGCCGGACCUAGUCCAAGACACGAUCGGAAAAUGAAGCCACCCCCCGCCGCUACAGCCGGCGAUCAAGAGGAGGUCUCGUCCCUCAAGAGCCGCGAAAACCCUCGACCACGUGACGAUACGAGCAGCCCGACAUCCAUAGAUCGCGAGAACGACUGUGACAGGAGGAGGCCCGAAGAAAAACAUCACCCGCGGUUGCCAGCCCUCUCAAACAUGUCAAACCAGAUAAUCGGCGAGACGGUCAGCCCGUUCCUCAAAGAGCACAUCCCGGGCCUGUACGCACCCAUCGCAAAGUCCGACAGCUCGACCCAGAUACAGUCAAAAGCCAACAGCAAGUUUUGCUACAGGCACCGGCCGGACCUCAAAUGUCGGCGGGCCGCCGACGAGACAAAGAUGGUUUCGAUACAGCGCUCCCUCGAAAGGUUACCAACAGACGACCAGCAGGCCAUAACGCACGUCUGGUCGCUGUUCUCGGCGGCCCCCGCAAAACACAGGGAUUUGAUGCUGCAGGGCAUCAUUACGCAGUGCUGCUUCCCACAGCUUUCGACGGUGUCUAGGGAGGUCCACGAGCAGCUCAAGAUUGAUCUCGUUACAGCACUUCCCGCUGAGAUCUCCUUCAAGAUUCUCUGCUAUUUGGAUACCGUCUCACUAUGCAAAGCCGCCCAGGUCAGUCGGCAGUGGAGGCAACUGGCCGAUGAUGAUCUGGUGUGGCAUCGGAUGUGUGAACAACACAUCGAUCGAAAAUGUACCAAAUGCGGUUGGGGUCUACCAUUAUUAGAACGAAAACGAUUACGCGACUGGACGAGACAGCAACAGCUUGCAAAGAGCAAACGACAACAACCUCGUGACCCAAACGCUCCGCCACCUAGCCUUCCUGCACCUUUGUCCCUCCGGUCACCUACACCACCGAAGCGAGAGCGGGAGUCGGAAGAGGAUGGCAGUGCCAAGCGGAUAUGUACAAGCCGGGUAGGGAGCAACACCUCGGAGGAGCCGGAGCAACCAAAGUUUAGGCCGUUUAAAGAUGUCUAUCGCGACAGGUUUCGUAUAGGAUACAACUGGCGGCACGGCAAGUGCGCAAUCAAGAUCCUCAAGGGUCACAGCAACGGCGUCACAUGUCUUCAGCUGCUUGACAACGUAUUAGCAACUGGUUCGUACGAUGCCACGAUCAAGUUAUGGGAUAUCGAGACGGGCGAGGUCAUACGGACACUGCGUGGGCACAGGAUGGGAAUACGGAGUCUUUGGUUUGAUGAUAGCAAACUUAUCAGCGGGAGCCUGGACCAAACUGUCAAAAUAUGGAACUGGCACACUGGCGAGCUCCUUAGCAGCUUGCACUGCCACACGGACGGCGUUAUCACGGUGCAUUCGGACGGCGAGUUCCUGGCCAGCGGGUCCAUCGACAAAAAGGUCAAAAUCUUCAACUUUGUCACAAAGGAGACCUUUUGCCUCAAGGGCCACUCUGACUGGGUCAACUCUGUGCGGGUGGACACCGAGUCCAGGACUGUCUUCUCGGCCAGCGACGACUUCAAGGUGAAGCUGUGGGAUCUCGACACUAGGCAAUGCAUCCGCACCUUCAACAGCCACACAGGUCAUGUCCAGCAGGUGCUGCCCCUACCGCCAGACUUUGAGCCUGACGAGGAGCUCCUCCAGGAACCGCCCGCACCAGGCUCACCGCUGUCGCAAUCGCAGUCGUCGUCGGGCGGCUCCGGCACGGCCACCGACGACCUCGCUCUUCGGGCCCUCUACGGCCCUUCCUUCGUCGCCGAUCCACAGCGGCCGCUGCCGAGCAGGUACAUGCUCUCGGGCGGACUGGACAGCACGAUCCGGUUGAUCGACACGGCGACAGGUCGAUGCCUCAAGACCUUCUUUGGCCACUUUGAGGGCAUCUGGGGCCUAGCGGGCGACACGCUGCGGGCGGUCACGGCGGCCAACGAUGGUAUGGUCAAGGUCUGGGAGCCGACGUCGGGCCGGUGCGAGAGGACUUUUACGGGUCACAGGGGCCCCGUGUCGUGCGUGGGCCUGAGCGACUCGCGGAUGGCCAGCGGUGGCGAGGACGGCGAGGUCAGGAUAUACAGUUUCGGGUGCGGCGAGGAGGUGUUGGAGGUCGUGGGAACGCCGAGCUGAGAAGUUUGUUGUGCGUGGCUUUUUGCACACCCCAUUUCUUUUUUCUUUUUUGAGCUCGUGCAUCGGCAUUUUGUUUUUGCUUUUUCUUUUCUUCUUCUUUGCUCAUAUUUGUUCACAUGGAACGAACUAUUGGCCAUGUCAUGGCACUUUUUUGUAUGGAGGAGUUGGGCGCUACAUGGUCAAAGUUUAGUUGGCGUUUUGUCAGUUGUUUUGUUUGGGUGGGUGCUAGAAGUAUACCAAUGUUAGAAUAUUACUCUCAUUUUGUCCGUUUGGUGUGGAGUGUGACGACAUGGUCUAGUUGCAGGUACCAAGACCUAAUGCCCCUGGACAAGAAUGAGAUCAUUAGCUGUCCAAAACUGACCAGUGCGCCUUGGUCCGCAUUGGGUCAUUAUAUACAAUCGACAUGCUCGUUGUCAUGUCACUAGGCAACAAGGCGUUGGGCUAUGAAACAUGCACUUAGCAGAUCAUGCAAGGUCGGGUCCUGGUUUUCGAGUACAGGUACUUUGGUGUUUUCUGUCACACCAAACAGACAUCUGAUAUCUGUAGGUCCCAUCCGAGGUAUGUUUGAGUCAUAUUUUUCUACGGAAC